AUGUCGAGCUUCUUUCCGUUUCCACAUUCAGCUCCUCCUCCGGUUUUUGAUCCGAGUGCCUAUUAUCCGCCAGCGCAUAUGAGUGCUCAAGCUCAGGCUUAUUCUGCACCUCAUUUGAGUAGUCCUUAUAUUCCUAUUCCAACACCCCAACCUCCACCUCAAGUUAAUACUACUCAGCCUCAGUUCGAUCCGAGGGCUUAUAUUCCUGUUCCAUCACAACCACAAGUCCAAUCACAAACAUUUGGAAGCCCUUUUGAUCCAAAUGCCUAUAUUCCAAAACCAUCUCAAGCUCAACCUCAACAAGGCAACCAAAAUCCUUUCAGAAAUCAAACAAGUACAUCCACGUCCAACUCAAAUCAAACUGAUGAAAGGUGUGACUGGUCUGUACAAUGUGGAGGUGGAGAUCAAGGAGGAACUGUUUUUUAUGCUGAAAUUGUCAAGAAUGUUAGUGAUGGUGAUUCUUCAGGAAAAGAUGAUAGUUCGGGAUACAGUGGCCGUUCGGAUGAAGAAUCGAAUUUGAAUGAAAGAACUGAUUCUGAAGCUGAUAAUUUGCCGAAUGAUGCUAACAAGAAAUCUGACUUGAUCAAGAAAGCUGAUUUGUCACUGAUGACUACUCAAGAUUUUUCAUGGGUAGUUGUGAUGGCACACAAGAGUGAGAGUCCGGAAAUCCUCAAGAAUCUUCUCACAUUACUUGAAAAUUUGUACACUUUGAAAGUAAAGAGAAUCAGAAGCGACAAUGUCACUGAAUUCAAGAAUCAAGUUAUGGAUGAGUUAUGUACUUCUAAGGGAAUUUUGCAUGAAUACAUUUCUCGUUAUACUCCACAACAAAAUGGUGUCGCUGAGAGGAAGAAUAGAACGCUUAUCGAGACUGCAAGAACUAUGUUAGUAGAGUCGGAGCUUCCAGUUCAGUUUUGGGGGAGGCUGUGGCUACUGCUUGUUAUACUUUGA